AUGAUAAAAAUCACAAGAAUUAAACGAAUUCAAGGAUGGAAAUUGAUUGCAUGGGGAAUUUUGAUUGGAUUUGUUAUUUCAUUGUGUUUAGAAACAGAGGUAAUUAACAAACAUCUUCUUAUAUCGAAUUUUGGAUUUCGAAAAUUCAGAUAACUAAGGAAUCGGCAAAAGAAGAGAUCAAUUUGAAUGAAGAUGACACUUUUGAGCCAAUUCUUUUUCAUUCCGAGGAAAAAUCUCAUUCACACAAAGGUAUAGAUUUAUUCUAAUGAAAAAUUAAACAAAAUUAAAAUAUUACAGAUGAUCGAAGUAUAGCGGAUGAAAUAUCACAAAAAGUUCGAGUGUUUUGCUGGAUUUUAACAGGAAAACAAAAUCAUGAGAAAAAAGCGAAAUUUGUGAAAGCAACUUGGGCGAAAAGAUGUAACAAGUUAGUUUAUUUUCGAAAAUUUAGAAAGUUAUUUGAAAUUUUUAGAUAUGUUUUCAUGUCAUCAGAAGAAGAUGCAUCACUUCCUUCAAUAAAUUUAAAUGUAUCAGAAGGUCGAGAUUAUUUAUGGGCAAAAACAAAAGGAGCUUUUACUUGGAUAUAUAAUAAUCAUUUAAAUGAUUAUGAUUGGUUUUUAAAAGCAGAUGAUGACACUUAUGUUGUUAUGGAAAAUUUGAGAUUUAUGCUUUUAUCACAUUCUCCUGAAGAACCUGUACAUUUUGGAUGUAAAUUCAAACCAUUUACAAAAGGAGGAUAUCAUAGUGGAGGAGCUGGAUAUGUUCUAAGUCGAGCUGCUCUCAAAAAAGUUUGUAAUUUUCUUUUUUCUCGAAAAAACACUAAAUUUCUUUGUAGAUUCAUCGAAGUUGCGUUACCCGACAAAUCGUUAUGUUCACAAGCUCACGGAGGAUCAGAAGAUGUGGAAAUCGGAAAGUGUUUAGAAAACGUUGGAGUUAAAGCAGGCGAUUCUAGAGAUGCAGAUGGACAUCACAGAUUUAUGCCGUUUAUUCCGGAACAUCAUUUAUCUCCUAGACACGCUGAUCCGUCAUGGUUCUGGCAAUAUACAUAUUAUUCGAUGGAUCAAGGACCAACUUGUUGCUCAGGUUAGUGUUAAAAACGUUUUCCGAAAUUUAAUUUAAUUAUUUUUAGAUCAUGCAAUAUCGUUUCAUUAUGUAAAAGCUGAAACAAUGUAUUUAUUUGAAUAUUUGAUAUAUCACGUAAGACCAUUUGGAAUUCAAAAACGUCUCAAAGUUUCACAAAACGAAACGAUUAUACAAUCCUCUCGUAUUGAAUCCAAAUCAGAACAAGGACCUGAUGAUAUUUUUUAA